AAGAGAUAUGUAGUGUUUCACGCUGACAACGUGACAUAACCUUAUCACGAACGGUCACGCACGGAAACACAGUAUGGCGGUUUCGGUGUGCCAAUAGAUACUGUGCGGAGGCUGGUUUUUUUGAGGUUAUCUCGCAGUGAACGACGCUCGGCACAAUAGCCGUAAUAAUAAACGAUGAACUCUUCCAACCGCGUCCGUACAAUGUGGCCCGAAAGUUUAAUCUACGCCGGUUCUUUGGUCUUGAUUUAUGUCUCGACCGUUGCCGGCGAAAUCGAAUUGCGUUACAACGAAAAAGUUCAAUUAGUUGUGACUACAACGAGAGGGGAGGAAUUUGUAUCAGAGAAGCCAGAAGACAAGUUAGAUUUUUUACACGCAUUUAUAGCUUCCUUAUCGGUCAUCGUGGUAUCAGAGUUGGGUGAUAAAACUUUCUUUAUUGCUGCCAUUAUGGCAAUGAAGCAUCCAAGAUUGACAGUAUUUGUUGGAGCCAUCGGUGCACUCGCACUGAUGACUAUUCUAUCAGUCGUGUUUGGAUAUGCAGCUACAAUAAUUCCUCGUGCGUACACCUAUUACAUCUCCACUUUGCUCUUUGCCCUGUUUGGAUUGAAAAUGCUACGAGAUGGAUACUACAUGUCGUCAACAGAGGCGCAAGAAGAGUUAGAGGAGGUCCAAUCAGAUUUAAGAAAAAGAGAGGAUGAGUACGAAAAGGAGACAGCUAGUACCUUGGUUCAAGAUCCCGAGACGGGCGUUAUACGAAAAACCACAAAAACCAGUGCACUCAUGCUGCUCUCCAGGAUAUUUCUCCAAGCAUUCAGUCUAACUUUCCUUGCGGAGUGGGGCGAUCGCUCUCAACUAACGACUAUUAUCCUCGCGGCGAGAGAGGAUGUCUAUGGAGUUAUACUGGGUGGAAUAUUAGGCCAUUCUUUUUGCACAGGCUUAGCAGUAUUAGGAGGACGUAUAAUAGCACAGAGAAUUUCCGUUAGGACAGGUAAUGUUAAAAAUCGGUUACCUUAUGACACCACGCGAUAUAUAUUUUAUAUUCAAUUUAAAAUAAAUUUUAUAUUUAACGGUAAAAAUAUAAUUAUAUUUUGUAUUUCUAAUCUCGGAACUUUUCAGUAACCAUUAUUGGAGGAUUCGUGUUCCUACUAUUCGCCCUGACAGCGCUCUUCGUCAAUCCUGUGGAGGACACCUGAGCGUCGUCUCCGUUCAUGAAUUCCUUCAUUGUGCGAAGAUAUCAGCGGUGUAGCUGCAUUUUGAACUCGCGGACAUUUCGAAACUGUAUAUAUUGUGUGUACUUGUGUAUGAUUCUAUUCCACAGUAUAUGUGACGGCGAGAACUGCCUUUUUAAUAUUGAUAAGAAAUUAUAUAUAGGUGAGAAAGUGAAAGAGAGGUUCGAGAAAACCUAUUAUUAUAUUGAGCUUUACACGGCGCUGGAGGACGAUACGACCUUGAGAGAAUGAGUUUUUAUUCGUUUGGACGUUCGUUGGGAUAGCAAUUAGAUUCGUUAGGAUAGCAAUUAACGAUAUCCAUGCGCCAGUUAGUAUAGAAGUUCUCGAGAUCCGACAGUAACUUGCCGAAUUUGUACCUCAUUCAUCGACUUAUGUCCAAGUUGUAUUAUUCAAUUGUACUUCACAUGAACAUAGUUUUUAUCAUUAAUAGAAUAUUUAUACAUGCUGUCUGUAAGAUACCGAAAAGAAAGGAAAAGAAAUAGUUUUAUAUGAUGCAUAUAUAUAUACAUAUAGAGAGAGAGACAGAGAGGGGGGAUAGAUAACGUGUAUUACAUAACGAUAACAGAACAAAAAGGAUUAAUUCAGGAUGUCUUGCACAAAUGUACCAUUAAAGAUAGAAUAAUAUAUAGAUUAUUUGUUCUUAUUUAUUCUUAUAAGAAUAAAUAUGAAAUAUCGUAAGAGAGUUUGUUCACUUUCAUAGAAAGUAGAGUUCUAUGAAACUUGCGCGACGCAACGUAUCGAGUAUGAAAAACCGAUCAAGCAAAUUCUCCAUUUGGAAAAAUCUGUUUACAUCGGAUAUUAUAAGAGCGCUGGAUUAAAAUUAAAGUAAUAUUAAAUUAAUAUGAAAUUAGUGUUUAAAAAAAGAUUAUUCUCAACGUAAGCUCCUAACCCUGCUGUUUCGUUCGCAUCUUAUAUACGUUUAGUGCACUACGUUUUCUUAGUAUCGUAAAAAAUAUCUAUUCAAAGUAGAAAAUCGAUAGUGGUGUUAAAUUUCAAGAUGUUAGAAGCAUCCAAUCGUUAAAUUGUCGCGUAUUAAGAAUGAAAAUCGAUCAAAAAAAUUCGAGCGGCGGGGUUAAUAUUAACCUUAUUAAAUUAAUAUACUUUUUCUACAUAUAUAGGGUAGUUUACGUUAAAAUUAAAUGAGUAUUGGAAAGAUACAAGCCGAGUAAAUUGACGGUUAAUGGCACAGGGAAAUGUUACUUGAUUUUGUGCAGUUUUCCGUAGAACACAUGUUUAUACAAUUUUCUCGAAUAUCCUUCUUUUAUUAAUUACGUGUGUACGAUAUAUACAUGUUCUAUUUACACUACAGAAUAUAAGUCUUCAGAAAGCGAUAAGUUCUCAAAUGUAGCAACGAGUUGAUUCGUGUACUGCAUUAGAUAAAGGGGUACUCUGAUAGUAAAGCCUUUUAAUCUGGGUGACUCGCUUAAGAGUAGAUAAUCGCUGUGUUCCUUUUCUUCUCUCUUUCCUCUGCACCAAUAAUAGAAAGGUAGAUAUACUUGUCGACGGGGAGCCGCAAAAAUCUCGUAACUUCACUUUAGGCACGAGUACGCACACAAGUGAAACGAAACCUUCAUAGAGGAAUGAUCUAUCUAACUCGAUGUUUCAACAAAAAUAUUAAGUAGAAUGGGGAAAACAUUUGUGUAACAUUUUCACAUACAUUUUAUUUUCGUAAUGUUCUUUAUUCUUGCCGCAUUCUCCUUCAUUCGUAAAUUAUUAUAAUGUAAUUAUCAAUUAUUUCUACUUAUUAUAAUUAGUUACAUUAUUUUUGUACUCGAUCCACAAUAAUCAAUCUGUAAGAGUUAAAUCAGUAGUACUUAACAAAAAAUCAUGUAAUAUUUAACUUACAACAAAUCGAACAAGUGGUUAAUUCGUAAUGAUCGAGUAAUCCAUACAGGUGAAAUUGUGGGAUCAAUCGCGUGUAACCGCGCGAUUGAUUAGUUCGCAAACAUUUAAUUUGGUCAAUUUUUGCAACUGGUACCGGACAAAUCAUACGGGACAAUUUUUUUUUUACACACAGCAAGAUCUCGGCGUGAAAUUUUAUUCCGAGCUUCUUCGAGUUACGAGUUUUAUGCGGCUCAACGGCAAUCAUUACAUUGAGUUUAAUAAGCAUCGGUGACGAUGCUAAUUGCUACGACCGGUACGUAUCAUACGGUCUUAUUAAUAAAUACUAACUGGGGUAUGACAGUUUUGCGUCUCAAUAGAUAGACAGGUAGCCGUUGCUCUCGGGAAAGCUCCCCUCCGUACGCUCUGUUGCCGCCCGUGUGAGAACGAUUUCUACGGAAAAGGUGGAUAUUUGUGCCUCCGCAAAGCUAAUAUUUCAUCCUCUGCAGGUAUCGUGCAAAAUUUGAUUAUUUCUCACUUCUCAGGCCUAUCGGAGAAACACUACGAAAAGCUCGAUUCCAAGUUCAGCACAGAGGCAUGCAAGGGAAUCAUUUUUAAUCGCACAGUUGGUGCUUUUUUUUUUUGAAGCUCCACGACAGUUGAGAAACCCAGUAGGUAUCACCAGCCGAUGGUCGAUCUUGUGACGUAUCGUCACCUGAGAUAUUUCCUUGUCAUACGGCGUUGUUUGGAGAUUAUUCUCGCGAACAAGCGGGGGAGCAUCCUCGACGAAAGCAAUGGCGGAAAUACCAACGCGAGACUUCAAUCUCCGAAUAAUAUCCCAAACGGAGAGAAUUUAUUUUCGGAAACGACGUAAAACGCGAAAUUGCGAAAUCAGGUGCUGCGACCGACGGUGACGCGUGCGCGAUUACAAUUUUACUCGAAUCGCGCCUUUCGUAUACUUAUACAUGUUAUAUGCGCGUAUGUCUCGGUACGUGGGUGUAACUUCGGAGGCGUAGGUCCGGCGAUAUAAUGGGAAAGGUUCGCGCGAACAUUUCAACCUAUCCGACUAUAUUUAACAUAUUAUUAUUAUUAAUCAAAAAAUUAUCUAAUGAUCAUAUUAACGUUAAUACCCAGACGGAUAUUAAUAUCCGCAGCGCUUUCGGGAGAACCAAGUGCGAGAUGAUUACUCUGAGAGAAGUUAGAAGCGAAUAAAUUAAAUAACGUAGAAAUGGGUGAAAAGAACUGAAGACAUUCACACGAACCUUUCGAUUAUUCUCUUCCCAUGCUGAGUUCGCUUGAUAAAUAUCAAUAUCCGCAGCGCUUUCGAAGUGCGAGAUGAUUGCUCCGAGAGUGUUAGAAGCGGAUAAAUUAUACAACGUAGAAAUGAGUAGAAAAAAAGAAACUGAAGAUAUUCGCAGGAUUCACUUGAAAAAUACCAAUAUCCGCUUUCAGGAGAACGAAGUGCGAGAUGUUAGAGAAGCGAGUGUUAGGAGCGAAUAAAUUAUACAACGAAGAAACGCACGAACCUCUUUCGAUUAUUCGCGCUGAAUUCCCCCUGAAAAGUCGUACAUCCGCGCAUUGAAGAGAGCACUCUGUGCGACGAUCAAUCUUAUACAAUUAGUAACAUUAUCAACUAUACAUAACUACUGUACGCGGGGGAGAGAACAAACAUUAACAUUAGCACGCAACAUAAUAACGUGUUGUUACACAGGCAGGCAGCUGCUAUUGUAAUCGGAACGCAGGAUGUGUAUAACAUAUAUCGUUCGUUUCGGUACGCGUCUAACGGCACAGUUCGCUUGUUCUCUACACGAUUUGCUCGCUCGUAAGCGCCGUCUGCCAAGGGCAAAUCGUGCGAACGCGAACACCACUUGGAGUCGACUCGGCGCGGAUAAGCAACGCGCGUCUCUCUUCUUUCGCGCGAGAGGCGUUUAGCGGGGAAAAUCGGGGCGAGAUUUGUACUCGAAGGAUCAACUGGUCCACUCGCUUCGACGGAAACACAGUGUUGUAAGGGUAAAAAGANGGGGGGGGGGGGAGAGAGGGAAUGUGGAACGUCUUGAGACGCAAAUGAGAACGUCGAACGAGAGUAUGCUCGCGUAUAUGUAUAUUAUAUAUAUAUAUAUAUAUGUGUGUGUGUAUAUAUAUAUAUCGUGUCACUUACCUAAUUUUCAUAUCAAGCGCGCGAUAUCGUUCAUGGUGGGUUCGGC